AUGGAACGGUUGAUACUGACUGUUUCCAUUUUGGUUGGUGCAUUCGCAGUUAUCACGCUUGCAAGAGAUAAGUGUAUUGGUGAAAGUGAAGAUUAUCGGGCUAAGAUGGCUGAAACAAUAAAUGGGGCGACCUGCCAAAAAUGGACCAGUCAGUAUCCAUACAGCCACUCCUGGACCCCGGAGAAUUACCCUGACGCUGGACUUGGUGAUCACAACUAUUGCAGAGACCCUGGUGGACACGGUCUACCCUGGUGCUACACAAUUGGAGAUACUCGUUGGAACUGGUGCUUCAACGAAUGUACCCCAAAAACUGUAACCGAACUGGAAUGUGUUAGCUCGGAUCACGAUAGCAUGGGCUACAGGGGAACGCUGGAUGAGACCAUAAAUGGGGUGACAUGCCAAAAGUGGAGCAAACAGUCCCCGAAGAGUCACUCCUGGUACCCUGAGAAUUACUCUGACGUUGGACUUGGGGAUCACAACUAUUGCAGAGACCCUGGUGGACACGGCCUACCCUGGUGCUACACAGUCGGCAGUGCUCGGUGGGACUGGUGCUUCAACUAUUGUUAA